GUGACUGUGUGUCAGACAUGAAGGACAAUGGCUGUUAAGUCUUGGGAAGCUGACCAACCAAUGGUGUGACUGAAGUGUGCUCCGUGGAUCGUUUCUGCAGCUGACCCUGGAAUUAUCUGGCAUUUGUCAAUUUGAAUAGGAUGAAAGCCAGGUUUUGCUUCUUAUCUGGUCCCUGUGCUUUCUUUCUGUGUCUUCUGUCAGGAGGCACAUGUUCAGAUGCAGAGCAUAAGCUCUUCUCUGUGAUAUUUUCCAACUACAACCAGUACAUACGGCCGGUGGAAAAUGUGUCUGAUCCAGUCAUUGUGCAGUUUGAGGUGUCCAUGUCACAGCUGGUCAAAGUGGAUGAAGUCAAUCAGAUCAUGGAGACCAAUCUGUGGCUGAGACAUAUCUGGAAUGACUAUAAACUUAAAUGGAACCCACAAGAUUUCGGAGGCGUCGAGUUUAUCCGAGUGCCGUCCAACAGGAUUUGGAAGCCAGACAUAGUGCUGUACAACAAUGCAGUUGGAGAUUUCCAGGUUGAUGACAAAACAAAGGCCCUGCUUCGCUACAAUGGCGAUGUCACCUGGAUCCCUCCAGCCAUCUUCAAGAGCUCCUGCAAGAUUGACGUCACAUAUUUCCCAUUUGAUUACCAAAACUGCACAAUGAAAUUUGGUUCAUGGACGUACGACAAAGCCAAGAUCGAUUUGGUGCUGAUUGGCUCAACUAUUAACCUCAAGGACUUCUGGGAGACAGGCGAGUGGAUGAUCAUUGAUGCGCCUGGUUACAAACAUGAUAUUAAGUACAACUGCUGCGAGGAGAUCUACACUGAUAUCACAUACUCUUUGUACAUCCGUCGCCUCCCUCUUUUCUAUACAAUCAAUAUGAUCAUCCCAUGCCUCCUCAUCUCCUUCCUCACAGUGCUUGUCUUCUACUUGCCCUCUGACUGCGGUGAGAAAGUAACACUGUGCAUCUCUGUCCUGCUGUCUUUGACCGUCUUCCUCCUCGUCAUCACAGAGACCAUCCCUUCCACCUCACUAGUGAUACCCUUGAUUGGCGAGUACCUCCUCUUCACCAUGAUUUUUGUCACUCUCUCUAUUGUCAUUACUGUUUUUGUUUUGAACGUCCACUACCGCACCCCGAAGACACAUACAAUGCCCUGCUGGGUAAAGCGUGUGUUUCUUGAACUGCUGCCCAGGGUGAUGUUCAUGACCAGGCCAGAGAGAGAUCCUGAGAAGGUGACUGUGGCUGGCAGUGUUCAGACGAUGCAUUCGAAAUCCUGCGCCAUUCAUUCAUUAGGUACUCUACAAAAGCAGCACAAACCUCAGGCCCUUGCCAACAGUGUGGUGUCAAGUUUAACAAACCGGCAAAGACUUUUCAAUAACACAGAGCUUUCCAAUCUUAAUAACUUGGGUGGAGACUCAACCAAAUGUCCUAGCUCUGGGUUCUUGUGUUGCGAGGGCCGCUGCAACUGCUGCUGGCAGAAGAGAACCGGCAAGUUGCCUGCAGAUUCUGGAGGAGGGAGCGGAGGACUGGGCAGCCUAGGAGCAUUGAGUGGAGGCAGUGCUGUGGGUGUUGGAGUGGGGAGUCAGUGCUCCAGCUCAGAGUCUUUGGAUGGAGGAAUAAUGCCUCUUCUGUCUCUUUCUCCUGAGGUCAGGGAAGCUAUUGAGAGUGUCAAAUACAUAGCAGAAAAUAUGAGACUACAGAAUGAAGCAAAGGAGGUUCAAGAUGACUGGAAAUAUGUUGCCAUGGUUAUCGACAGGAUCUUCCUAUGGGUUUUUGUGCUCGUGUGCAUCCUAGGAACAGCUGGCCUUUUCCUCCAGCCUCUAUUACUGGGGGAAGAUAUUUGAUUCAGUUUGACAAAACUAAUACUCCAGACUGCUCGAGCAUAUGUUUCAUAGAUGCUAAGAAAAAGUUUCAAAGCCAAGUCGAAACUAUGACAAAUGUUGAUGGUGUUUCAGUAGAAGUGUUUCUUUUUAUUCAUAGAUAGUAUUUGACUUUUUUUCUUUUCCUGGUUAUAAAUCCUAUAAAUCCCAAGGACAUGGCUGCAUUUAAGGUAACUUAUAACUGAAAAUGUUUAAGUGUCUUUAAAAAUGCUAAAAUGUUUCCCAAAGCCAAAGCCAACACAGAGUCAGAUACUCUGAUCAUUCAACAGUUAAGCUUCAACAGAAGUGAAGACUGGGGCACAUUAUUACAUGAAAACGACAUAACCUUUCUAUAACUGUGAUAUUUUGCAGGCUGUUGUAUUUAGUAGUCUGACUAAAGUGAUGUAUAAUAUCAUGUGUGACAGACUUCUGUGGUUGUUUAUCCUUCUGUAUUUAUCUGAUGUAUGUAGUUAAGCUCUGCUAAUGUUUGUGACUAUUAUAAAAUCAGCUAUAAGAAGUCAAAACAAGCCAAAUGGCUUUAUGACUUGUGGAAUGCUUCAGUCUCAGGAUGAGACUUGAAUGGGAUGCAGCGCUUCACAAGUCUACAGAACUGUUUUGCAAUGGACCUGUGAUUUUUGUUUGGAUUGAUAAAUAGUGAGUAAUUAUAUUAACACAGUUAGGUCGAUAUAGAUAGACAUAUUUCAGGUACUUGUUUUGAGCCUUUUAACAAUAAAAAACAAUUUUAAACAAAUUAUUUUUGUUUACUUCAUACAAAAGAUAAAAGAUAGGGAAAAAAAAUCUAAUUCACCAUUGUGGCAGUAUACUUGGAAUCAUUGUCAUCAAUAUUGGGUAAAACCAUUUACAGGGAACCAUAUAUAAAAUGGUCUUCCUAGUGACAUGGUCCAGGGUCACCUGGCGCAAGAUGAUAGUGGGAGUUCAGACACCUGAGAUCUCAAAACUGCCCUGUAGGUAGCGGACAGUUCGUGUUGUAAGUCACCCCCUGUGUUGAGGACAUAGAUGACCUCUUUCACUGCUCUUUCCAAACCUUCUGUCUUCUCUGUCCAAAAAUGAGAACAUUGGCUGGGUUUGAAGUGCACUGGGAUGACGUGCUUGGGAAAAAAAAACAAAAAAACAAAAAACUUCUCCUCAGUUUCUCCGAUAAAGCUGCUACAUAACGGAUGACGAUGUUGUUCCGCUUGUCAUUCUGUUUCUCCCUAGUUGGUGUCCGACGUUCUUUCCUGUGCAUCUUUAAUGAAAACCCAGUUGGGAUAGCUACAUGUUUUAACACGUUGGGUUUAAAUACCUGGGACUCUCCACCAUUUAAAGGAAGAUUGUAAUCCUUCUUCUUUCUUAAAUUAAGUAUAUAGAAUCAGGCCACAGAAAAUUGGGCUCCUUAUGUUUUUAGACAUCACAUCACACUGUUUAACAUUAUAAAAUUUAAUUGAGAUGCUCGGGUUUGAAAAUCAAGCAGUGCAGUCUGUGUUCAAAGACUGCCACCCUGUGGUAAAUCUUUGUUACUACAAAUUACUGCUUGUUCGUUUUACAAAGGGAUAUGCAGCCCAGUUUGUUCUGAUUGUUGCUAUAAAAUGUCUUAAUUUGAUCACACAUUUGAAGUCACUACAAACAGCUGCUGCUUACCUUUAAAAUGGUUACUAUCCGGAAAGUGUAAAACCUAUGAAAAUGUCAUUUAUGAAUUGUGAAGAUACUGUAACCAUAUGACCACAGCAUACACACACAUGUACACGCACACAACUUUAAGUUGCAUUUGUAGGAAAUCAAUGACAUUGACAAACAUUUACA